AUGGCUGUUCCCAAUAGCUAUGUGCUGAUCUUUGCCUGCACCUGUGCAGUGAUCCUGGGCAUUGGGCUCUGUGCCAACUUGCUGGUCUUCUCUUUGUUUGCAAAGUACAACACCCUGCGUAAGAACCGCCUCGACAUCCUCCUACUCAGUAUGACCCUGGCCGACUUCCUCACCCUCCUGCUCAUCCCCUUCACCUUGCACUCCGCCGUCAGUCACUCCUGGCCUCUGGGUGACACCUCCUGCAAGGUCUACCAGUUCCUGCUAGCCUUCAGCCUAGCGGCCAGCACCUACUCGCUGUGUGCCGUGUCCAUGACCCGCGCCAUGAUCAUCACCAACCCGUACCAGCCGCCAACCAUGGACCUGGUCAUCCUCAUGUUUGUCUUGGUCUGGGCCCUCAGCUUCUUCAUCAGCCUGCCACUGCGUAUGUUUGCCACCAAAGAGAGCCUGGGCCCAAGCCUGGCCAACUUCACCUUCUGCCUUCCAACCAUUCAUGAGCACCACUACCAAGUCGUGCUGAGCCAGUUUGUGCUUUACUACUUUGUUCCGAUGCUAGUCAUCGCCUUCAACUAUGUCCGGCUGGCACUUUUUCUCCACAAGAGCCCAGUAAUGUCGAUUUCCAGUGCCAGGAACACCCGCCGUGCCUCCGUUAUGGUGUUCUUGGCCGCUGCUACCUUCUCAGUGUGCUGGCUGCCCGGUUAUGUGCUGGAGCUGUGUGUGUACCUGGGGCUGUAUCACCAUGGACAGGCUUGGGAGAUGUUUUACUUCACCUGUACUGUGCUGCAGUACCUGCACCCCUGUGUCAACCCCGUGCUCUAUGUGCUGCUGUCAAAGCGCUACCGCCACAGGAGGGCAGCCUGGCUCUUCAGCUGUAACAAGAACAGAGUGCAGCCACAGGUCAUCAGCGUCACCACAGACAGCUUUUAA